UCAGUUGAUUGUGGUGAUCUGAGGAGGGUGGGCGCGCAAGGUGGGCGUGCGAUAUUGGGGUGUGUUGACUGACAUUACGAUACUUGCAAUUGAUCGUUAAUUACAGAAUUCAUCCGUUUCCUUAUGAUGUACUGUGCGUUUGUUUUCAAGUGCGCCUAGUUUCACGAAGAAGCGGCAUCAGCAUGAUCAUUUUAUCUUGAUCUGUCAUCUGAGUGGCACAAGACAAUAUUCAGAUUCAAAUGUCAAGCUGAGAAACUUGCCACAAUGGGAAAAGACCAAGAGCUGCUGGAUGCAGCCAGGAAUGGACAUUAUGCAGCCGUUGAAAAGAUUCUUCUGCAGAGGACUAAGCGGUCUGGUCCCUUAGCAAGUUUGCGCCGCGGACCGGGGCCGAACAUACAGGAUCCCAGCGGAUACACAGCGCUGCAUCAUGCGGCGCUCAACGGCCACAGGGACGUGGUGGCACUGCUCAUGUCCCACGAGGCCUCUGUGAACCUGGCCGACCACCGCGGCUCCACGCCACUCCAUCUGGCUGCUUGGACGGGUAGCGUUGAGGUGGUUCGAACUCUCAUCACCCACGGACCCGGCAUUGCCAACGUUGAUUGUGUGAACAAGGACCACGAGACACCUCUCCACUCUGCCUGUCAGUACGGUCACACUGCCGUCGUCCGUCUCCUGCUCGAGCACUCCUGUGACGCCAGCGUUCCCAACUGCCGAGGGGAGACGCCGCUCGACCUGGCCGCACAGUACGGACGACUGGAGGCUGCUGAAUUGCUGGUGCGCGUACGGCCCGGGCUGCUGGAGCCGUACAGGCCAGGAGCGCAGCCUCCCGGUCAGCGGCUGACCCAUACGCCGCUCCACUCUGCUGCUAUGAACGGGCACAGGGCGGUGGUGAAGCUGCUGCUGGACUCUGGGAUGGACGUCAACUGCAGCACGGCAGCCGGUACCGCCCUGUUCGAGGCCGCGCUCUGUGGAAAAGUCGAGGUGGUAAGGUGUCUUCUGGCCGCCGGUGUCGACAUUAGCAUCUUAGACGACUACGGCAGGGAUGUGCUCACACUACUCAACGAGAUAUCAACACCAGUUACUGCCAAGAUCCGACAACUCAUACAGGGCCGAGACCGUCUGGUGGACGUGGACCCAGUCGAGGACGCCGAGCCGACCACCACCCCCAGCCCGCUGCCGCCGCCGGCCGCCACCAGCCCCGGCUCACCCUACGAGAACGUGCUGCUGCCGAGCCGCGUGGGCUCCGAGGUGGCGCCGCCGCCCGGACGACAGGGCCCCGUGUGGCCCAUCUAUGACAUACCGCCCAGCAACCGACGAUCACGGGCGGCCGUAGUCUCAAAGUCAUCCGACGAACUAAACGGUAUCGAGUUCGAGAGCCCCAUAAAGAGGAACUCGCGCGGUCCCAUGUUCCGUUCCCACUCCUACGACGUGGACAAGCUCACGGAUACCGAGUCGGAUCCGGAUCCGGGCGUGGAUCCGGGCCUGGAUCCGAUCAUCGACACGGGUCUAGAACCUCCCUCGCCGCCGGUGAAGACCCGACACCAGUCUUCGAAUAGCUCUUCGGCGGACGGAAGCAGGCAUCAGUCCGCGGGGUCUUCGGUAGAUGGCAGCAGGCACCAGUCGACUGGGUCGUCAAUAGAUGGCAGCAUCGGCAGGUCGUCGGGCGUGCGGGUCAGCGCCCGGGUCAGGUCACUGGAGGCCGACGGAAGUUAUUCCACAGUCUCCAAGCCGGUGCCGCCACCGAAGCCCCCUCGGCGCAGUAUCGCCGCCUCGCCACCCACCUCGGACGCCAUCUAUGAGCUGCUCGCCGAGGCGCAGUCUGGCGGCGAGCGGGCGCCGCCGGGCGGCCGACGCGCCUACGAGAACAUCAGCGGCUUCUGGAGGCAGCAGGAGCUGCGGCAGGCUCGGGACGACAUCGGAGUCACCUGUGGUGGCCGGGCACGGGUCAAAGAUCGGCGCAGGAAUCGGACCAAUGUGUAUGAAAACCACCGGCCGGGGGAGACCCUAACGUGGGCGGCGCCCGGACGCAGGCCCACGGAGUCGGCAGCGCCGGCUGAUCGGGCAGAGCAAGACAGAGGGGAGAGGAUGGAGAGAGCACAGGAGCCGAUUGGAGGGCGGCGCUCGCCGAGGCCGAUCAGCGUUAGUGGAGCGGGUGCCAAGCCAGUGCCGCCACCGCGGGUCUCUUCACGGCUGCGGGUCCGGCCGCUCAGCCCCAGUCAGCAGCAGCAGCCGCCAACUCCCGAUCACCCGCCGCCCUCCGCCUCUCACGCCGCGCAGAGCAUCUCAGACAAGAUCCGGCCGCCGAGCCAGCAGGACUCGGUGCCGCCCACCACCGGUCAGCAGCGCACCUCCCGGGACAUGGAGACGGAGACGGAGGAGGAGCUGCUGCAGCUGCAGGCGGGUGGCAGCGGCUCCAGUGACCGCUCCUCGCCGUCGGCGCCCGGCUCGGACCUCUCGGCGUCCACCGAUAACAUCGAGGAGGUGCAGCAGGACGCGCCGUUUGCAGGCCUGUACCGCGGCUCAGUGAUCGGCCUCCUCUCCGACGCUCCAGUGGUGCCGGUGCCCGCGCCGCGCCGGCCCGACAGACCCACCACCCUGCCAGCCUACGAGAACGUCCGCAUGUCCUCCUCGGCAACGACCGCGGCCUCCGGGGCCAGCGAGCCCGACCUGGUCCUCCGCCGGGGUCGAACGUCCGCCGGCAACGCCGCCACUGACCAGCGUGUCUCCAGUCUGGUCAUUCUGAGUCCCUUCAACGAGCAGGAGGAGUGGAACAAGGUGUACGACAUCGUGGCCUCCUACGGCGACGGCAUCAUGUCCGAGAUCGACCAGGAGUUGCAGAAUCGCAGAGCCCAGGAGAAUCGCGCGUCGGCCGGCGGCGGCAUCUCCUCACUUCUCCGCACCCUGGGCCUGGCCCGGUACGAAUUGCGCCUCCUCGAGCUCGGCUAUGACGACUUAGAGUUCGUCCGCGGCGUGCUGGACGAGUCAGACCUCCUCCAGGCGGGAGUGGACGAGCCAGAGGCCCGUGCUACCUUACUGAGCGCCGCCGUCCAGCUACCUGACGGCAUAAGUCGCGCUCGCCAGCUGGCGGCCGCUGCUGAUUCGGUACCCGGCUGGCUGCGGGCUCUGCGGCUCGAACAGUAUUCAGAUGUGUUCAGUCGGAGUCUGUACACGGACAUGCAGCGGGUGAGAAAGGUGUGGGAGAUGGAGCUGGUGACCGUGCUGGAAGUGACGAAGCCCGGACACCUGAAGCGGAUGCUGCUCUCGCUGAGGCCGACGGAGGAGAAGGAGGCGCCGACGGAGAGACAGGGAGCCGACCCCGGCGCAGAGCUGAGCGAUCUGGACUCAAAACUGGCGCGGCUUCAGACGGACCUGGAAGACCUACCGAUAACGGACGAACGCGACCGAGACCAGGAGGAAUCUCUGUUCAAGGACUACACUCUGCCGCGGCCGUCACCCGACCGCAGCUCACAGGAGCGCGUCUCACAGGAGCGUGCCUCACAGGAGCGAGGGUCACAGGAGCGAAGGGGCGCGGAGAGGACCAACGGUCACGGCAAGACGCCGCCGCCUCCGCCGCCGGCCAAACCCAGCAGACGGCGGGGAAGAGGCUCCAGCAGUGGCAGCGGCGAGGACCGGACGGCGGUCGAGGACGGCGCCGGUGGCGACACGCUGCGGCGGCAACAGGAAGCUCUGAAGAUCCGCGACCCCUCACAGCUGGUGGUGGGGGUACCGGCCGUAAUGGCCACCCAGUGGCGCCAUGAGCCGCAUCAUCUGGUUAACUCCAGCAUACAGUACAUCGCCGAGUACCUGGGAUCGACUCUGGUCAAGGAGGUACGGGGCACCGAGUCCACCCGCAAGAGCAUCCAGAAGCUGAAGAAGACCAGCAGCCAGAUGCGGAAGGUGCCCCGAAUCGUCCUCUCCAUCUCACACUCUGGCGUCCGCUUCCUGGACGCUCACACCCAGAAACUGGUGUGUGAACACGAGAUCCGGAACAUCCACUGCGCGUGCCAGGACGCCGACGACCUCUCCCACUUUGCCUACAUCACCAAGGACCUGGACACGCGCUGCCACUACUGUCACGUGUUCCGCGUGCAGACCAUGGACUUGGCCACGGAGAUAAUUCUGACGCUGGGCCAGGCGUUCGAGGUGGCCUACCAGCUGGCCAUCCGGGAGCGGGCGCUGCUGAACCAGUCGGACGACUCCAAACUGGCGCUCAGCGGUCACCACCGCUCGCAGUCGGCUCAGCAGAUCGUCCGGCCGGCCGCCGCCGCCACGCACGCGCGCAGCCACUCUGUGAACCAGAUCACAACCCCCGCAGUGGCGGCGGCGCCGGCUGACGACCGGCCGCCGCCGCUUGCCGACUGACCCACGCUGAGCCGCGAGAUCGGCACCUUCUAGUGACAUCUAGCGGUUGCGGGGCCAAGCUGAAGUUGACGUGCCAACCGCGGCCCGGCCAGUUCGCCCGACAGCCGGGCGACGUAUCGAGCUGAAUACGCUAGUCAGUAGUCAUCCAGUCGACUGUACAAAUGUUGCCGGGGCGCGCGGGUGGAAGCGGAGCCGCCUUCGCCGCCGCUGGCGUUGCCCUGUUACCGAGGAGAGUGUUGUUACGCGGCAGAAGGAGGCCGCAGUGAACCAAAGAUAUGCUGCUCAAGGACGGGCGGCAGGGGAUAGAGAAUGAACGCUGGGGCGCGGGGUCUCCGCGAGUCGUGUUGAAUGGGCGCCGCCGACUGCAGCGGCUGAGCAGUUUCCACUGCCGCGCGGACGGAGCAGCCGCCCGCGGCCGCUGGUCAUUUCGAUUUGUUUGCCACCUCUGUUGCGGUGUUUUAUCGACGGCUGGCCCGUUCGGGCCUUUCGUCAUGUUGUCUAGAUGAGAUGCUUUGGGUACAGACUCCCACGGGGGCAGACGUGUAUGGGGUGCUGAGGGGAACGUUGCAGCCAAGACAGAGAAGUACUACGUAUGUGUGGCCGAGACUGGGCUGGGCCGGCUUUGAAUGUGACUGCCGGGAAGGUACUGUGUCUACCAUUCCAACGUUAAUAUUUCUUUAAGCAUAUAUGCAUAUAUAAUGGCGUUCGCUUCGAGUCCAAUAAAUAUCUGUGAUGAGCUA